AUGUCACCGCGACGACGGCGAAAUACAAUUACUCGCGACUCCGAUGCCUCUUUCUCCCUCGACAAAGAUGGCUGUGGCGUAUCCAAUGGGGUCUCUCACGCCAGCGAUCAGCGAGCUGGCUCAGACACUCUGCCAAUCGAAGUCGAAGCUUUCCAUGAUGGCGACGGCGUCAAAACCCUAUACGAUGGAGAAGACGAUGACGACGACGACGACGGAAUCCUUUCCGAAGACGAGGAUUACGAUAUGGAAGACCAGAUGAAGCUCUUUGACGGGAAUGUGCAUCCAUCUGAAUACUGGCUGCGCGAGCUAGAAAGCUUCAACGAGGAUUCCUUCGCCUGUCAGGACUACAGUCUGGGGACGACGGUGCUCCUCGAUGCCGUCGAGGGACAAUGGCAUCAAUUCUGCGCUGUCAUCAAGCGCGACGUUCAACAGUGUUACGCGACCAUCUCCACCAGCAUCAUGUAUACCUUCUUCGAUUGGUUACUCAACCAAAAGAUCGGCAAGGACGGCAGGAGGAAACGUGGAAUCAAGAAGAAAAGUUCGCUGGGAACAUACUGGAAGGUCUUUCGGCUCGUCUACGAGAGAGCCGUGGGCGACAAGCUUGAUCCAAAGCUGAACCGCAGCAUGCACAGGGAAGCCCAGGUCCUGCGACGCUUAUCGAAGAGGCACGGUAUGAACGAACAGCGGCGAGCCAAUCGCUGUAUGGUGAUUGAAGACCUUAUGCAGCAGAAUGAGACUACGCUUAGCACAACAAAGAAGUCCUUCAAGCUUGGGGAACUGCGCAUCCUCGCCGUACUCUUUCUCCUCCUGCUUGCCCCUGCUGGUUCUCGGCCAACGGCGACGCUCAACCUACGAUUCAAGGACAUUCGGGUCGCUUUGGCAAGGGAUCCAGAGGGCGGGCCACACAAGCUUCUUCUUCGGCUCACUCCUGAAUUCACCAAAACCUACCUCGGCGAAAAGGAACAGAAAACAUACACGAUCCCCGAAACCAUGUUUGAUCCGUCCUUGCUCUUAAGCCCCCACGUCUUUCUCCUGGGCAUCAUUUUCCGUCACCGAGCUUUCCGUGCACCAAGUCUUACCUCGCCGCAUCACCUUCAAAGCCUUGACAUACAUCCUGGCGAGAAAGAGCUUCCCUUGCCGUUGAGGGAGGACCUCAACCAGACCUUCAUUUUUCGUCGAGCUGUCGAGACUUUGACGGGUUAUCAGAUGUCCCGUAAUCAACGCAUAUCUUAUGGCAUGAUGGCAGCCUGGGUCAAGAGAAUCGGCGAAAUUAUGGGGCUCAAGGACCCUACGAUAGCCUACAAUCUGCGCUACAACGCUGCCAAUGCGUUUGACCAGAGUGUCGACGUGAGCGAGGCUCUGAGAAAUUUGGCCAUGGGACACGGCAAUUCCGACCCUUUUCAGAGGCACUAUCUUGGGCGCAACAUCUCUGCUGAUCUCUGGGGUAUCGUCCGUGGACAGAAGCCACAGCAGGCACUUCUCAAGCAGUCUUGCAGCGUUGGCCACUCCAUCUCGCAGCGUCGUCCAAUCGAUCUGACGGCAGAGCAGUCUGCCUCUGUUGCGACGCAUCCAACCAUAAGAGCACUUACGAAAGCUAUUCCGAAACUGCCUCUGGGCUCCAAAGAAUAUAAAGAAGCCAAACGGAUGAUGCGCAAAGAAAAGGAGAGACUAAGGAGAGAUCUGAAACAGCAAAUCAGGGACGAAUGGACUGACCAGCAAGCCACAGACGACAUCGAGCGCCAAAUUCGCGGCGUUGGGUUUGCCAAAGCGGUAACAAUGGAUCCCUCUCGCCCUCAAGGACAAGCACAAAAGCGAUUGCUCGCCAAGCUCACAGCCCCAGUUGUCACGACACUGGAAGGGCAGUACCGUCGAAGAGACGAUGCCAUCGAAGCGGUGUCUGCGUACUGUCUUGUUCAAGAAGGAUGUACGGUGCGACGGUCUCAGCAUAGGCCAGCAGAGGGCCCACUUCCUCCUCCGUCAGGCCAGCCACGAGAGAGCACCCCUUUAUACGAAGCUACACUGUCCGUAUUUGUUGCUGACAAGGAAGAGCGGCCAAGACGAUGCUUCGUAUGUAUUGGCCAAGCCUUGUGUCUGCCUACAGAUGACGAACAGCGGUUGAACGAACUUAUGCAUGAGUUCUACACCUCCAAUGACUUGACCAAACAUUUCAAACGGAAGCACCUUGACAAAAUUGCAGACUGCGAUCAGGUAGACUGCAAGGUUUGCGACAUGACUCUCGACGAAAAGAUGCAUUUUCAGCGUCAUGCCCGCGACAUUCACGGGACUGUAUCAUGA